GGAAGUCGGAGCUCUCGGAGAGCACGUGAACGCAGCGUAGUUAGACGACGGAGCCGAGAGGAAAGAAAAGGGGCAGAGGAAGAGACCUGUGAUAAAUUCAGCCUCACUCUGUUGGCGCCAAUCCGAUUUAAAGAGGAGAAGAAAAAAAAACAGCAUUUUUUUUUUUUUCAUUGACGUUUUAAUCAAACCUGCGUCUGUCCGCCGCUUGUCUGCCAGGCACGUCGCUCGGCGCUACGGCCAGCUAGCCUCGUUAGCACUCCAUCUAUCAUUGUCAUAUUAAUCUGGCCCCUUCUCCGAGUCUGUAGUCACGAUACUAAUAACUCAGCAACAGUGAGGCAGCGGGGACAAUAGAGGUGUGUUUCUCCGGGGGGCAUCGAUAAAGACAGCAGCUUCAAAAUGGGGAGGAAGUCCAACAGAGCAAAGGAGAAGAAAGCCCGGCGCCUGGAGGAGAGGGCAGCUAUGGAUGCCGUCUGCGCCAAGGUGGACGCAGCCAAUAAGCUCGAUGACCCACUGGCUGCCUUCCCAGCCUUCAAAAAGUACGACAGAAAUGGGCUGAACCUGCAGAUAGAGUGUAAGAGAGUGACCUCCCUGAACCCGCUGUCUGUGGAGUGGGCCUUCGAACUCACCAGAGCCAACAUGCAGACACUGUAUGAGCAGAGCGAGUGGGGGUGGAAGGAGAGGGAAAAGAGGGAGGAGAUGAACGACGAGAGGGCGUGGUACCUGCUGGCCCGCGACGGCGACUCCGCCCCCGUGGCCUUCUCUCACUUCCGAUUCGACGUGGAGUGCGGGGAGGAGGUUUUAUAUUGCUAUGAGGUGCAGUUAGAGAGCAGAGUGCGGAGGAAAGGACUCGGCAAGUUCCUCAUCCAGAUACUACAGCUCAUCGCUAACAGCACGCAGAUGAAGAAAGUGAUGUUGACAGUUUUCAAACACAACCACGGGGCUUAUCAGUUCUUCAGAGAAGCUUUACAGUUUGAGAUCGACGAGACUUCACCAAGCAUGUCCGGUUGCUGCGGCGACGACUGCUCUUACGAGAUCCUCAGCCGGCGGACCAAACACGGCGAGGCCUCGGCGGGACACACCCACGGCGGUGGGCACUGCGGUGGCUGCUGCCACUGAUCCAGCUCCAGCUUAUCCACCUUUUACGAUUUGGGUUUAAAACAAAAACAAAAAAAACAACAAAAAAAACAACAAAAAAAAGCCAGCAACUUUUCAUGGCUGUGUGUGAAAGCUUGAGCUGCCUGCUACUACUGCAAGCAUUUUGAGUUUGAACGGCUGUAGAUGAACCGAUGGUGGAAUACCUGGCUACAGAUAUUGAUGUCGCAUUAUGGAUUGAGAUUUACGUGUUUUUGUUUUUUUUUGUUUUUUGUGUGUAUUCCUGCUACAAAAGCAGUAUGCAGUGUGAGCUUUCACACAUAGCUCCUGUUUGUUUGUUUGUUUGUUUGUUUGUUUGUUUUUUUCUUGGUUCAGUGUCCAAGCCAUCUCUUCUCAUUCUCUUAUCCCAGUUAAUGAUGACAAUUAGUAGUUUCCCAGUCGAGAACAAGCUAAAGCAUUGCUGACAAUUCUCUACCACUGCAACGAACCUCAUCCCAUCCUGCUUCUCCCCUCUUCUCGCGCGCUAUACUGUAUCCGAUCACAGCGCAGCACGCCUCAAACUUUCACUCGGGACCUAAAAGUGUUUGCGAUAGCCUGGCUGUAUUCUAGAAACUUACUGCCUCACGUCUAGAUUGCUCAAGCGUAAGACAGGAUUUAGUGGUAAAUAUUGGUAAAUCAUGCAGUCACUCAGUUACCACGUCUAAUAAGCAGAGUUUGUCGGUUUCUGUUAUACAGCUGAGCUCUUUGAGAUUUGUUUCACUGAAUCAUGGUCCCAGCGUUAUGCUACAAUGUGUCACGCUUGGGUCUCAGAAAAAGUCUUGAAGCGUUACUGUACUGUGAUAUCACCCGUUAUGUUGCAAGUUCUAAACAUAAUCUAAACAUACGGCUUGGAAGUUAUUUUUGUAACAAGAGCACUGCAGCUAGCAGCAACCGCACUGUUUCAAGCAGUCCGUUAUACUACUUGUUACAACAUUACAGUAUAGCAUUGGCACUACUCAUCUCCUCUCUUCAUGUCUCCCCCGCUUUUAAUUUUUCUAACUUAUGAGAUGUUCAAGAUUGCCUUUUUUUUUUUUUGUUUUCUCCCAGUGAAACGAGUAAAACUAUUUUAAAUUGUAAAGCUGCAUCCGACCCUGAAAAUAACCCCGGUGUGACCCUCUCAACUUGCUUUAACCGUCGGAGGUACAUGAAGCCACACGGCGUUCUCUAGUUAAUUAAAUCAUUCGCUCUCAUUUUCACGCUCUCUUCUUCCCGUUUCCAUGCUUACAGACAGACUGAUGUCACCUGCUCUAAUGUGUCACAUCCUCCCUUCUCUCUCCUUUUGUUUUCCAUCCUCCCUUCACGUCCUAAAGGCACCGAAUGAUGACUGCAGACCCGUUUCUGUUGCUUUAGUCACUUCUUGCUUGCCUCUUCGUCCACUUUUCCGAGAGGUACUAACCAUAAACGAGUUGAUGUUGACGCUACCUUUUUAGCUGUAUUUAAAAAAUACUCCAGACCAUCCUCCAUCCCCUCUCUUACACACAUUUCUGCUAGCAUGAGCAAAUCAUAUUGAUUUAACAUGGAUGAGGAUCGGUAGAAGUCACCGCUUCAUUAUGUGGCCGUUUGAAGCUGGAUGCUGUUAACUCGGAGGUAGAAACAUGGGUUGGGUGGAUGAUGGAAGUAAUCCUAGAGCACUGACGGUGUUUUUGUUGUUUUGUAGUCUUUAUUCCUCCUCCUCAGUCGUCAACUGUUAUCCCAGCCCUCCGUCAUUUAGUUUGCAUGACGAAAUUUUCAAAGAUCUUGAAUAAAACUGGUGGUGUAAAUCAGGAUUUCGCAACAGCGGUGCUGCUUCUGCGUCACUGUCUGAGCUCUGAAAUCCUCACGCGGUUUCACAGUGUUGCUUUAAUACUUACAGACAAAUCUCCCACGAGAAUCAGUGCAUGUUAGAAGUAUGUGAAAGGGUUGUGUGAAAUUUAAAGCUAAUGCUGGUGUUUAGUAUCCCUUAAAGCAUCUUGGCGCUGUAAGAUUUGGGUAAAGUUGUGCUGCCAAGAUGUUUGAAGGAGUCCCACGACAUUACAACCUGGAACUGCUCUGAUCUUGUUGAUUCCGUUUCGUACAAAACCUUCAGGGUAUUUUUUUGAACGGUUCAGGUGCGAGUCGGCUGAAGCCCUAUCUAGAAACCACCACAAAACCCUUUAAUUCCAGGACUGUAGUCAGUUUGUACAGAUUUUACAUGUGGGCUGAAGGAGUGGGAAAAAAAAACAUUGUGGAUGUAAAGAUUCCUCUGUCUAGUGUGGCUGUGAGGAGAUUUAAAUUGGUACGUUUUGAAACGCUUUUUUAAAAAAAAGGAGGCUCAACUUGAGAUUUCACACAUCGAGUAUGUGAAACAGGGGAGAGUAAAAUGUGAAGAAACACCUAAAUACUGAAUUAAUCUGUGUUACACAAGAACAAAAUGUUAUUUAUCACUGAAAGAACGACCAGGUUCGGAUCCUGGGGUGAAAGUUUCUGGCCGUUUCCAGACUGGGUAGAGACAAAAAACAAAAAACAAAAUCAUCACCUGGAGACGACAUAUCGGUGUCUCACGAUGAUCAUGAACAACAUAUUUCUUGUUUUAGUGCUAGACUACCUUCUGAUAAGUACAGUAAAUCAUUUUUUUUGUACUACAUAAGUUACAAUAAAAAAGGAUGUUGUACAUAGUGGUAGAAUAUCAACCGACUGACAGUCUCUCUCUCUCUCAGGUUAAUCAAACGUAAUCAAACCUCAUCGUACAUUUAACAACCAUGUUGUCAGUUAGCUGUUGACUGGAUUGGCUGCAGCUCUGACCUAGAGUCAGUUUUUGUUUGUGUGUCAUUGUAUUUAAAGAAAGUGUUCUUAUUAGUUUUAUGUUGCAGUAAACGGAAAACACUCCUUUUGCCUUGUAAAUGUGAAAUUGCAUGAAAACGAAUGACGCAAUGUUUGAACUGACUCUAGAUCAGCGCUUAGUUGUUACAUUCAAUCCAGACAGGUGGGCUGUCUUUUAAAACAAACAAACAAAAAAGGCUUACUGGAAGGAAAAAAAAAAUUGUUUUGUGAAAAUAUCCUCAGUUUGAAAAUGAGCCUGAACUUAACCAGUUUUCUUUUAAGUCAGUGAGAACUUUUUAUUUUAGAGAAUGGUUGCAUACCCUCACAGACUCACAGAUCCUCCUCUUGGUCUCUUCUCUCUGUGUUUUGUAUAUAUAUAAAUAUAUAUACAUAAGCUGUUGUGGACUCAUCUUCACUUUCAUUUCCUGGCCUUUUACAGGUGAAACACUUUUUUAAACAUGACGUUGAAAAGAGAAAAAAGGAAAAAAAAAACCUCCAUGUUUGAGAGCGAGUGUUAGAACGGUCCUGUCCAUAAACGACAAUGAAAGGGAAAACUAAGUCAUUAUGCCUUGUCAGUGUUUUAUUUGUAUGUUACAAAUAAAGGAAAGUUGUUUGACUUUUCAAGA